GUUCGGUUUGAUUGAUUGCUCGAAGAAUCGAUCUUCAGCGAUGGUAGUGUUUCAUCGUUUCACUACGUGAGAGACGGGAACACAGUUCAGAAAUAUACUGCAAGCCUCCGAAACAGGGACAACGUGAAAGUUGCCCGAUUACCCAAUUCUUGCACCGCUAUUCGAUGGAGAACAGCUUGUGGUUUAUUGAGCUAGAGGCAGCUUUGCAGGACGAUUGUACGGUCGACGAAAUCUACGCCAUAUGCCAUGGCAGAACGCUGCCCGAGGCACUUCGCCUCGACGUGUGGCAAGUAUGCCUGGGAGUGCGAAACAAAAUCGACCAGCUGGCGCAAUUCAACGAGAUCUACGACCUUCCCUUCCAAGUGCAACUGCGCAACGAUUGCGAAGAAUUUGUCAACAAACUAGGCAACGAAGAUGAAGACAAGGUGUCGGUGGUCUGCGAUCUGGAAUCGAUCCUCACGUUUUACUGCAAGAAUCGGAACGUGGUCUACGAGCCCAACAACGGGUGGGUAGAACUGAUGUUGCCGCUCCUUUCCCUGAAGCUCGUUCGUUCGGAAACUUACAACCUGUUCGAAGCGAUCCGGGACACUUACAUUCCGAAGGGCUGCGCCAAGAACGGUACCGUGUUCAAUGUGUUUCGGUUGCUGCUGCUGUACCACGAUCCGGAACUUUGCACGAUACUGGAUACGAAGCGCAUCACUCCAGAUUGCUACGCGAUUGGCUGGUUCCAAACGUUGUUCGCUUCCACCUGCACGUUACCCGUCGUGCUGUCCAUGUGGGACCUGUAUUUCCAGCAGUCCGAUCCGUUCCUUGUGUUCUUCCUCAGUCUCAUCGUGCUGAUCAAUCAGCGGGAUCAGAUUCUUGCCAUGAAGGGCUCCUCGAAAGAGGAGUUAACCCGUUUCCUAGUCAACAUGCCGUGCAACAUAGAGGCGGACGAUGUGCUUGAUUUCUGCUCCCUGGCUCAGUAUUACUCCGUCAAAACGCCGGCCUCAUUCAAGCGUGACCUCUUCAGCGUGCUCUUCGGUGCCCAGAACAGUGCGACAGAAACGUCGAUCGUUUCACAGGCGCUCUGUCUACCCGUUUCGGUGAACGAGUUAAUCGAGAAUGCGUCCAUGGAAAAUCCGCACCCGGAAGCUGUGCGAUUUUUUCUGGUCGAUUGCCGCCCGGCAGAGCAGUACAACUCGGGUCACCUUUCAACUGCAUUCCAUCUCGACAGCAACUUGAUGCUGUCGGAACCGGAAGCAUUCCAGACGGCCGUGCAAGGCCUGUUGCGUUCGCAGCGCAACGCGAUCGAUGCCAAUUCGAACGCCGGUGGUGAGCAUCUGUGCUUUCUGGGGUCCGGUCGACUGGAGGAGGAUCAGUAUACGCACAUGGUAGUGGCUUCGUUUCUGCAAAAAAGCACCAAGUACGUGUCGCUGCUUACGGGUGGCUAUGAGGCAAUACAUGAGUACUUCGGAGAAGGGAUGGUCGAUUGCCUCGAGGAUCACGAUCCCCUCAAGUGUUUAGUGUGCAACCGCGACCGGCAGCGUUACCGAGGUGGUCCAACGAAAGGAACGUUGAACAACAACAACAAUAGCAGCUCCAACGGAGAAACUAGAAUGAUUAACAGCGGUGCGCCCGACAGCACAAAAACCACACCCAAAACUCUGCAAGUUGGUAGUUUCGCAAACAACAACGGCACGGCCGCUGGCGAUCGAAAGUCAACCAUAGAUCUGUUUAGCAAACUGUCUCUAGCGAUGAAAACGAAGUCAGCCGAGGUUCGCGAGAAGCUGUUCGACUACAUUUCCAAUCCGAAUGCAGCUGGCGCGGGUGCGGUUGGAGGAGCGGCAGAGAAACAUGUUUCACGCAAUGAUCGCAACGGCAGACGCUAUCGCAAUGUGGCGCCCGUGUUUAGUAUUGGCGAGGAUCAGGAGGACGAUGACGAUCUCAAUUCGGCGGCCAGUGAAAAUUCUGCAACAACACCGAGUGGCUCUCGUGCUUACGCCCAAGGUGGAAUCGACCCGGCCGAAAAUGAAGUGUCGAUACAGAGCUUCCUGAAGGGUUCAGAUGUGAUACGCUAUUUCAAAUGCCAAGAGGUGCAUCUUAAUGGAUACAUGUACGAUAGCUACCUGAUCGUCACGGCAACACACCUGCUUGUCCUACGGGAACUCGAAGGGCGCAAAGACAGGGCUCGUAUCAUCGUUCGUCGGUCGUUGCAGAGCAUCGUAAAGAUUACGGCCAAAAAGCGACAUCGUGAUUUGAUCACGUUCAACUAUGGCUAUCCGGACGAAGAAAACCUCGUCAUUACGGAUAUGGAUCGGUUCCUCAUACCGAACGCAAGCGAAGCGACCGAACUGAUCUCGCGGCACAUCAUCAAGCAGACGUAAGUCGCACUAAAUUUGAGGUUGUUACGGUCAUUAUCCGUCCCUCCUUCGAGACGCGGUGAUGUUCAGUGAUCUUGUUUAGUGAAAGGUUGUUUUUAUUCUCUCCGACUUCGGUUAUUUUACCCAGCAACUGGAUUCGAAUCCUCGUGCUUCGUAUAUGAUUGCGGAUGUUUUAUUUUUUUGUUUCACUUUGUUAUAACCGUCCCGCAUUUUAAGAACACUAUUGUGAAGCUUGUGUUUUAAAUGUUCUUCCAGUUAACCGUGAUUUCUUGUGCGUGCGUAGCUACAUUUCGCGCAAUGUAUAUAAAGUUAUAGAGAGAGAGAGAUAGAAAGAGGAAUUCAAAUGCGGCUCAGUGUAAAACCAUUUAAUUUAGUGGGUCACGCGACCCCCAAACAUCUGGUAGGCUGAUCAGUUUAAGAGUCGCUUCUGCUUAGCUCGUUUUAAUGGUGAGCCGGUACAUUGAAGAUUGUGUAGAGAAAUAAAGUUCAAACCAAAUAAUUCAUUUCUAUCCUCGUGCAGG